AUGCCCAACUUGAACAACUAUAUACUUAAAAAAUUAUUUCAUAGAUAUAGAUAAAUUUUGUUCAUCAAGAGUAUUGUUAAUAGACAUAUCUAAAUCCUUACCAGUCAACUACAACUGUUCUUUGCAUUAAUUGAAGCAACUUGCCAAUAAUCUGUACGUGAAAAUCACAAAACUGAGGCAUUUUUUAAGUUAAUGCGCCUUUCAUGAAUAUCAGCUU